AUGUCCGCAACCUACCUUCGGUCAGCCCGCGGGCUAACACGCCUUGCCCAGCGAUCAUUCACCACAACAGCGCGCCAAUUGGAGCAGAAAGCCGUCACGCCCGCACCGUCGACCGAGUCCCCAGUGCCCAAAAAGGAGAGCCAGGUGCCGACGGAGCUGCCCCAGGCGCCCAACAGGAAAGAAAUCUGGUCACGGAGUCAGCGGCCGCGCGAUGUCGCCAUGACCGGUCCUCGCUUCGAGCAGACGGACUUCGACUUGCAGCCUCAAUCCUAUUCCGCAAUGGAGCUCGUCCACAAGCAGCCCGUCCGCUGGACACACGACCGCGUGGUGGCCUGUGACGGCGGCGGCGGCCCUGCUGGACACCCGCGGAUCUUCAUCAACACCGACAAGCCUGAGAUUGCUGUCUGCAACUACUGCGGUCUGCCAUAUGCUAACGAGCACCACCGUGAGCAUCUCGAAUCCCUACCGCAGACAUCAUAUCCUCUCGAAGACACCGAGGGUUUGGGCGCCGUCCCGCCUCUGUCGAGGCCUCACCCACCUCACUAG